GCCAAGCAGCCAGUGUAGUGACUGAGUCUGUCGCGCGCGGACCAGCGGAACGAACCGAACGCAGCCCUAGCCAGAGCCUAGCGAGCUCGAGUCGAGUGAGUGAGUGAGCACCGCGACGACCGUCUCCGCGUCUCCGCCCCACGACACCGGAACGCACCUAACCUCACGAUGCUGCCGGCCAGAUUACCCGCCGCCCUGUGCGUCCUCGCCGUGGUCCUGGGUCUCGCCGCCUCCGCCGCCGCCGCCGACGAGGAGACGACGGAGUUCGCUUUCAAGCAGUACCCGGACGGCACCGUGAGACGGGGAGCCAUGGUGGACCUGACUGGCGCCGUCAAGGGCAGCAUCACCUUCGUCCAGGUCGGCGACGGCCCCGUCGUCAUCUUCGGCAACGUCUCGGGCCUGGCGCCCGGCAAGCACGGCUUCCACAUCCACGAGAAGGGAGACGUGAGCACGGGCUGCGCCGCGGCCGGCGGCCACUUCAACCCUGAGAACAAGAAGCACGGCGGCCCCGACGACACCGAGAGGCACGCCGGCGACCUGGGCAACAUCGUGGCCGACGAGAACGGCUUCGCCGACAUCCGCAUGGAGGACCGCAUCAUCUCGCUGAUGGGCUCGCACGGCAUCCUGGACCGGUCCGUGGUGGUGCACUCCCACGAGGACGACCUGGGCAAGGGCGGCUACCCCGACUCGCUGACCACCGGCCACGCCGGCGACCGCGUGGCCUGCGGCACCAUCAAGAUCAAGUUCCCCGCCGGGCCCUGGACCGAUGACACCCCCAGCAGCGCCGCGUCCUUGCGGUGGUCGUGGGCCGUGCUGGUGCCCUUCCUGGCCCUCCUCCUAGCCUGAGCGGCACCACGCCACGACGGGCAGCCCUCGGGCAGCCCUGCCGAGAGUGACCAUUCCAAAAAGGCGCGGGUUCGACACCCGGGCCUUCCUAGACGUCUGAAGCGGACGCCAUUCGGCUUUCAAGAUGAACGACACCUUGCCCUUUUGUUUAAAAAAAUAUCAAAAUUUAGGGAAAUUUGCACGUAAUUUUUCGGAGGAAUUUUAACUGGUGUGGUUUAGAGUCUGCUCGCACUGAUAGUUAAUUUCUCUACAAACAUAUCUUGUUACCUUUGAAUUCAAAAUUUGUGUUUUACUUAUAGUGUGGCCUUAAAUUCAAAAUAAAUUUAAGUCGUUGUUAUAUUUUGUUAGUACUUAAAUGAUCAUGUAAGAAGAGGUCCAUGUUGUUGCACUAAGCUUCAUUGUGAUGUUUUGUUGUUGGCUGGGCGUAAAUUUUUGCCAUGUACAUUUAAUUUUGUCUUGUUCCAAUGGGAAAGAUCCAGCCAAGAGUUUUGUUGGAUCUCACAAUUUUCAUGGGAGUUGUACAAUAUUGUAAAUAAUUUAUGAUGCUUGUAUGUUGUGCAGCCAGUCCGAACAAUAUUAAGGUUUAAAUGUGUAAGGUCUUAAAUGUGCCAGCAGUAUUUUGUUAACAUAAGUUUUGAUUUGUAUGAUGGCUACAGUUUAGUGAGUUGUUGCUGUAUUUAUUUUUAUUUAUUGAUAGAUAUGGCUUAGAGUAUUAAAUAAAAAGACAUACAAGAGAUAUUUUAUGUGCUCGCUUAGCACCAUGGACGAAGUGUUAAUGUGAUAUAUAAAUAUUUUCAUGAAAACUUGUAGACCUGUAGCUUCAACCGAUAUUUCACUUCAAAAAUUCUAUUCAUUUGCCUUCUGUGGCCGAGGCCACCCUUGCUAAGUUAGACAUCAUUGCCGAUUUUCUUUUCAUGUUCUACCACACCCGCCAGCCAUUAAACUGUUUUGUAAAAAAUGAAAACCCCAA